GGAGGUGCGUCGAAAUCAGGGGGGGAGGAGCGCCGAUCGCCCCCCGGCAUUGCUCGCUUCUUCCCACCUCUGCUUCUCCCCUCCCUAUCUUCACGCACGUCAUGCGCGCUUCCUACCCUCGCCCCUCCAUCGUCGUCCACUCCCCCACACUCAUCCUCCCUCCCCCUCCUCCUCUUCCUCUCCCCUACACCGCCCUCCCUCCCCUCUUCAUCUCUCUCCUCCUUCCCACUGCUGCUCUCUCCUCCCUCCCUCCCCUUACCGCCUCGGCAUCCCUCCUCGCUCGCUCCUCCCCCUCACCGCCUCGCGUCGCAUCAUUCGCUCCUCCCUUACCGCGCUCCUCACCUCCCUCCCACAUCCCUCCUCGCUUGUUCAUCCCUUCCUCCCCGUCAUCGCCUCGGCAUCCCUCCUCGCUUACUCCUUCCCGAUUCCGGCCUCGAGCGCAUUCACGCGUCGCAUCCCUCGCUAACGUGUCGGCGUCGCUCACCCCCUCCCCCAUACCCAUCCCCUCCUCCCUCAGGCUCGCUUGCUUCCCCCACGUCACACGUCGCAUCGCCUCGUUAUCUUCCUCGUUUGCUUCCUCCCCGUCAUCGCCUCGGCACCCCUCCCCUCGUCAUCCCCGCGUCGCUUCCCCCUCGCCCUACCUGCCCCACCCCGUCGUCCACUCCCUCCUCCCCUUCACUCCCCUUCACUCCCCCCCUCCCCUCCUCCCCUCCCACACGUCGCAUCCCUCCUCCCCCUUACCGCCUCGGCAUCUCCCUCCCCUCUUCAUCUCUCUCCGCCUCACUCGCUUGCUUCCUCCUCGCUUGUUCUUCCCCGCCUCGCUUGCUCCUCCCACACGCCGCAUCCCUCCUCCCCCACGUCGCAUCCCUCGCUAACGCGCAUCCCUCCUCGCUUGUUCUUCCCCGCCUCG